AUGGCUGGCACGCAGCGCCCUUGCCUCCCGCACCAGCACCGGCGGCCGCGCAGCUCCCAUCCGCACAGGCAACUGCGCAUGCGCGGUCAUUGCGCGCGUGACGGCUCGUCCCUGACGUGGCAGCCCAGCAGCGCCCCUGGUGGUCGGCGUCGGACACGCCGCUGCUCUGCGGCCCGCUCUGGGCUGGCGCUGCGCGCAGUGACAGCAGGUGGCAGUCUUUGGAGCCAGCAGCGAGGUGUCUGUGUGCCCUGCUGUGGCAAAACUCAGCUAGAUCGCAGUGCUGUUGGUGUGAACUGGCUUAUCCAGACUUUAAAUGAUUUGAUAUUUACAACUCUCCAGAGUAGAGCUGUAAGCACAGCACUACCAUUUAUUAAAUGUAGAGAUCCAGAUUCUCUAAAGAGAAUGAAGCAGAUUCCAUUGCCAAGGAUUGUGGUAACACAUCUGAAUUAUGAUUGCCUCCCCCAAGCCUAUUUUCAGGAAGAAAGCCAGGUACUAGUGCUGUUUCAAGCCCCUAAACACACAGCUGUUUCAUUUUUCCAUUUCCACAACAAUUUGCCAAAUGUCCCCAGUUACAGCUCCUGGGAUCGCUUUUUUAUCUUCUUUAUAGUCAGCUGGAGAUCCUGUUUUGAUCAUGCAGUCACCUGGAACAAACACACAGAGGAUAAUGCCACUACAAUCAUAAUAUAUGAAGACCUGAAAGAGAUGUUGCUGGACUGGAAAGAUAUUUUCACUGAAGGUCAGAACCAAAUGGCUGCCAAAUGGAAAGUGUGCUCAGAAGGAAUUUAGCUGGGAGCAAAGUUAAAAUAUUAUCUGUACUGCAAGACCUGA